GUCUUUACCACUGAUCGCAGGACUGUGCGCCCAACGGGGUGGAAUCAUGCUUGAGGAAAAGGCAGAUAAAAAUAUUAGUGAGGAAAAUGCCUUUGACGCUCUGGAGAAGGACUUCCAGGAGGUUCUCAACGAACUGACCGGGGAUAAAAGUCUGGAGAAGUUCCGGAUAGAGUACGAGAAGCUCCACUCGGUCCUAAAAAAGUCUUCGGAAAACGAAAAACGUUUGAUGACAAAAUGCAGGGAACUGAAUGCAGAGAUUGUGGCUAAUUCUGCCAAAGUGGCCACGGCCCUUAAAUUAUCCCAGGAGGACCAAGCAACCAUCGCAUCGCUAAAAAAGGAGAUCGAAAAGGCUUGGAAAAUGGUGGACGCCGCGUAUGAAAAAGAGCAGCAUGCAAAAGACACCAUUCAUUCGCUGAAAGAAGAAAUCAAUAACUUGUCCAAGCUGGUCGAGCAGGGCUCUGGAUUAUCAGCCGGCCAAGAGCACAGUUACAACGAGUUACUGAGCUUCAAGGAGGAUCUGACAAAGGAACGUGACCAGCUGCUGGCGGAGGUGGUGAAACUCCGCGAGAGCCUGAUGGCCGCCAUCAACCAACAGCAGGAAGCAGAGAAGGCCAAGGAGGACACCGAGCAGAACAUAGCAGAGCUCCAGCAAGAAAUCCAGAUGCGGCAAAACGAAGCGUCUCGCGAUUCGCGUAAAAAGGAGAAGCUGGAAAAGGAUUUGAAACAAACCCAAAACGAGCUGGAGAGCAAGCAGACGGAAGUGAAAACGCUCCAGCAGUCGUUGCUCAAGAACAAGGAUGAACUUCAGAAGCUGGAACAGCAGCUCAAAGAACACAAGAUCCUCAACGAAAGAGUCUCCAAAGAGCUGGAACAGUUCCAGGUGAGGAACGCAAAGCUCCAGCAGGAGAACGAACAACACAACAUCUUCAAUGAGCAGAUCACUCAGGAGAACCAGCAGAAAGUCCUGGAGAUCAAGGCGAAGGAGGACGAGGUGAACCAGAUGCGCCAGGAGAUAUCCAAACUGACAAAGGCCAGAGAGGCCAUCCAGAGAAAGUAUCGGCAGAUGGAAGAGCAAAAGACGGAAGUGGAACAGCAGCGCGAAACGCUGAAGAACCAAAUCGCUGGAUUAGAGAAAGAGAUGGAGAUGGCAAAGAAGCAAGCAGAACUCGAUAAGAAGGCGAUGGACGAUCUGGUACGGGAGAGGGACUUACUGAACAAGAACCUCCUGAAAGCGACCGGCGCGACCGACAAGCAGGUGAACCUCGUUAAGCUCCACGAGCAGUCAAAGAAAAACCUGGAAGAAGAAAUCCAUAACUACAAAGAGGAGGCGCAGAAACAACGGAAGAUCAUUUACCAACUGGAGAAAGAAAGGGACCGUUACAUCAACGAGGCCAGUGACCUCACGCAGAAGGUCCUUCAGCACAUGGAGGACAUUAAAGUGCGAGAGAUGCAGAUCUUCGACUACAAGAAGAAGAUUGCCGAGGCCGAGACCAAACUGAAGCAACAGCAGAAUCUGUACGAGGCUGUGAGAUCCGACAGGAACCUGUACAGCAAGAACCUCAUAGAAGCGCAGGAUGAAAUAACAGAAAUGAAAAGGAAGCUUAAAAUCAUGAACCACCAGGUGGACCAGCUGAAGGAGGAGAUCACAUCCAAAGAAGCCGCUCUGGUGAAGGUGCACCUUGACUACCAGCGCGUCGAGAAAGAGAAGGAAUCCCUAAAGGCUGAGCUGCAGAAGAUGACACAGCAGAGUAUUGAGACCAAGCAAUUCAUUGAAAAUCAGGAAGCGGAAGAGAGGAAGCUCCUGAAGAUAAUCUCCGAAGCCGACGCGGAGCGGCUGAGACAAAAGAAAGAGCUAGACCAGGUUAUUAGCGAGAGGGAUAUCCUGGGAACGCAGCUGGUCCGGAGAAACGAUGAACUGGCCUUACUGUACGAGAAGAUCAAGAUCCAGCAAUCCGUCCUAAACAAGGGGGAAGCUCAGUACACGGAGAGGCUGGAGGACAUCCGGGUUCUCAAACUGGAGAUCAAGAAACUGAGGCGGCAGAAGGGGAUCCUCAACAAAAAUCUGGCUAACGUGGAAGAUUUACGGCGCGAGUUGUAUCGCACGCAGAGGGAGUUGUUGAAGGAGCGGACCAGGUGCCGAGCGCUGGAAGAGGAGCUGGAGAAGCCGCUGAAUGUCCACAGGUGGAGGAGGCUGGAGGCCAGCGACCCGAGCGCCUACGAACUGAUCCAGAAGAUCCAGACGCUGCAAAAACGCCUGAUCAGCAAGACGGAGCAACUGGUGGAGAAGGAGCUGCUCCUGCGGGAGAAGGAAAAGCUUUACGUGGAACUGAAGCACAUCCUCGCCCGUCAGCCGGGUCCCGAGGCGGCCGAGCAGCUGCAGAUAUACCAGCAGACCCUACGCGAAAAGACCAAGCAACUUAAGGUUCUGUCGGCAGAACUCAACAUGUUCGAGACCCAAAGCCAGGAAUAUAAAUAUGAGAUCGAGAGGCUGGCCAGCGAGCUGCAGAACAUCAAAAAGAAAUAUCUGGCCCAGAAACGAAAGCAUCAUCAGACCAGGGCAAAGGAGUCGGCCGUGGACUCGGACGUUCUUUACCAGGAAGCCCAGAAAAUGGAAGGGCCGCGUUUCACCGGAGGAGGAUUUCCUCUCACCCACUUGCCGAAGGUUACAGCGUGACCCUCGCGCAUCGUCUAGCUGUCUUAUCUUUCUGUCAUUCUGCUGCGGAUUUAAUAAAAAGUACGAUAAAAAAAAA